AUGUUUCAAUCCUUCACUGGCAACUCUCGUCGCCCGCGGCAGGUGAACCUCAGUGGCAGGGCCACUAAUCCCUUCGCUGCAUUUCCCGGAAACUCGCCGACCAGACAUACUCCUCAUGCUGCAAACCCCGAGAGCGCAGUUGCCAUUGCCCAACGAGAGCGAGCACUGAGACAGCAGGAGAGAGAUCGACAGACGGCAUCUCGCACCGUUCAGCGAGUUUGGCGGGGUCACUACAGCAGGCAGGCAACAUAUAAGGGCUGGAAGUCUGAAUGGGAUAUCUUUGAGUGGGAGAGGGUUACCAGUGCCCUGGGAUUUGACGAUAAUCGAGGCCCAACGACGGAGCUUGAGCGUCUGGAGUGUCUAGCACGUCUUUCCGCGCCACCAUAUCCCACAGCGGAACAAUGUCUGGACCAACUCAGGCCUCUAGUUCAGUUCGUGGGACUGGUAAAAAAGAAAGAAGAUGUUCUACGUCUGGUAUACUUCUGCAAUGUCUUUGAGCAGACCUUCCAUGCUCUCCCCACGAUCGCUACGGAAAAUGACUGGACCGAGCUGUUGAAACGGCUGGCAAUUGCUAUUCUCCAUGCCCUCAGCUCAGCAACGGAGAGUCCGACUCAUGAAGCAGCAGUUCUGCCUCUCCUUCGGACGAUAGUCUUCCUGGUUGACUUGAUACCAAAGAAGAUGGCAACAGUUGCCAAACACUACUAUCAAACGAUGGCUUUUUUGACAAAGAACUUCAAGCGCCGGGAAGGCACCCUGUCACCGGAGUAUGUCACAAAUGCUGUUCUCGCUCUUCUGAGACCAAUCACUUCAGAAACGAUGACAGCAUAUGAAGCUCUUGCUAUGUCGUAUCUCACCAUUCCGAACCUGCCCGCUUAUCUUGGUGAGCUUGAUGGAUUGGCGCACCAAAUCAAUUACAAAUUACUGGCGCCUGCAAUCGAAUCAUGUAUUCCUAUGACAAAAGAACGCCUUUCGACCGACGAUGUCGAGAGUAUUGAGGGUCGACUUUGGCUGCUUGCAUACUUGAUCUUCUUUCACCGAUAUGCUCUUCCAGGCCAGGCCAACCUGCAAGCACCAGACCUCGGAUUCCUGAAUGUGGUUUCUGGGUUACUUAAUUCGACCUCUAUCUAUCUUACAAGGUGCUUGGAAGCGGACGAAAAUGGUCUAGAUUCAGUCAGGGGUCCUUAUUUGGAUCAGUUUGUCACAGAUCAAGUCAGUAGCCUGGUGAACCAGAGUAGCAUCACGGGGCUACUUUCUCGCAUUAAAACAUCCCAGCUUUCUCACACAGAUGUUUCAAACAACGAAUACAACGCUUCGAGAGAAGCAAAAAUUCUUGCCACGUACGCUCUGAACUUACUGAGGGUGUUCCCUCGGCGCGGAGAUGAUAUUCGGAUGUGGUUAUACCUGGGCUCGGCACCUUCAGCAGAUCCGACUUCUGACCAGCCAGGUGCGAAGAUACCGGCGAUCAAGUACUUCUGGAGCGCAUCAAAAUCUAGUCAGAUUUUUGAAACCAUCAGCAAGGACUCGACCCGGGUUCUUCCAUUGCUCCAACCGCCACAAGAUGGGGAUAAAGAGGAACAAGAGCAGGAGUGGACUAUUAUCCUGCUCUUUUUUGAGCUUUACACGUUCCUUCUCAAAGUCAUGGAUGACGAAGAGUUCUUCUCAAGCGCGUCACCGUUUGCAGCUUCGUCAAGUGUGUUGUCUUCGUGGACGAAAGAGAGUGCGCUGCCACUCAAAGACAUCAAAGAUAUGACCGUUUUUCUCAAGAACCUGACCUUCACUCUAUAUUGGAAUGUUGCCGACUUAACCAAGAAAGGGCCUGUUCCGUCAUCCGCUGUGGAUCUGAGAAGUUAUUUUAACAACACGGCUCAACCUUCUGGUCCAAUGGAGCGUGCUGAAGUGGAGACCAAGAAGGAAAUCAAUGAUCUUCCUGGCGUGACAGGUAUCCCACUUGACUACUUCAAAGGCUUGUUCUCGACGCAAAUUCCUCCCCCAAAUCAUUGGCUGAUGAUAGAUCGAUUUGACAUGGAAGGCUUUAUCCCAGCCGUUGUGGCAGAAGAGGAGAAACGUCAUGAAUUCCAGGACGAUGAUGAAGAGUCCGAACCUGACCUUCUUGACGAGGAAUACCCGGAGCCUUCCCACCUUGUCGGGAAUAGCCAUGCGCGACGACUGAUUCACAUUCAAGCCAUGCGGAAUAGCCAACGAAGGCAAGCACAUAAUAACGCUCUGGCCGCCAUUGCACCACGGCUAGAGAUACUUCGAAAUAUGCCUUUCUUCAUCCCAUUUGCCACGAGAGUGCAGAUCUUCCGUCAAUUUAUAUAUAGGGAUCAACAGCGUCGCCGGAAGGGCUUCGUGGAUCCCGAGUCCUGGCGCUUGUCUGUGGCCCAAAAUGCCAUGAUAAAUGGAUCGCCCGAAGGUGCGGCGGAUAUCUUGUCCCGACACCACGCCGACAUCCGGCGUGAGAGUGUGUUUGAAGAUGCAUUCUCCCAAUACUACGGCUUGGGCGACGGUCUCAAAGAACCAAUCCAGAUCAGCUUUAUCGACCAGUUUGGAGCAAUGGAAGCCGGCAUUGAUGGUGGUGGUGUAACUAAGGAGUUCUUGACUAGUAUCACUAGCCAAGCUUUCAAGACUGAUGACUAUGAGAGCAUGUUUGCGGAAAAUGAUCACCAUCUGCUAUAUCCCAGCCCGAUAGCCGUUGAUCAACUCAAAAAGGUUCUCAGCGAGGCCGGGCUCACAACUUCAAGCCCAGAAUGGCAGGAUGACGUGCGCGGUCUUCUUCGACGAUAUGAAUUCCUCGGCCGGAUCAUUGGAAAAUGUCUUUAUGAGGGGAUCUUGGUCGAUGUUAACUUUGCACCAUUCUUCCUCUUGAAGUGGGCCUUGACAGGAGGCUCUAGGUCUGCGGUGAAGGAAUCUUCCUAUCGUGCCAAUUUGAACGAUUUGAAGGAUCUGGAUGAGGGAUUGUAUCAGGGAUUGUUACAACUGAAGAAUUACCCCGGAAACGUGGAAGACUUUGGUCUCGACUUCACCAUUAACAACAUAAUUCGGAUGCCCAGUGGAGCGAACCGCACUGUCACGGCAGAGUUGAAACCAAAUGGUUCACAGACCGCUGUGACAAACAAAAACAGAUUAGUCUACAUUUCCUACGUGGCUCGUUACCGCCUACAGUUGCAACCUGCUCUACAGACGAACGCCUUUUUGCAAGGUCUGGGCCAGAUCAUACAACCUGCCUGGCUAUCCAUGUUCAAUCAAUCCGAGUUACAAACGUUAGUGAGCGGAGACAAGGCUGAUAUUGAUGUGGAGGACUUGCGACGGAACACCCUCUAUGGAGGCGUGUACGUGAUUGGUGAUGACAAUUUAGAACACCCGACCAUUGCACUGUUCUGGCAGGUUAUGCACGAGAUGACCAACGAGGAACGACAAAAGGUCAUCCGAUUCGUGACAUCUACCCCUCGAGCUCCAUUGCUGGGAUUCAGCCAUCUUCGUCCCAACUUUAGCAUUAGAGACUCUAGUGAGGACCAGGAACGGCUACCGAGUACCAGUACUUGUGUGAAUCUUCUCAAGCUACCACGAUACUCUGAUGCAGACACAUUGAGGAACAAGCUUUUGUAUGCCGUGAGUUCUGGUGCUGGGUUUGAUUUGAGUUAA